UGUAAACAAAGAAUCUUCUGAAAAUGUAUAACUACCUACAGCUGAAUUAAAUUGUAUAAUAACGUUUAUGUUUUCUAAUGCCUCACCAAUCGCAUCCUGAAAUUAUUCGAAAUGCAACAUAAACGAAAUGACCCGACAGGGGCCAUCCAAAGCAAAGGGGGGAAUAUGUUCCGAAGCUCCCACGUGGAGACACCUCUCCUCUCCUUGAUCGAUUCCAAUUUCUUUUUCUUUUUCUUUAUGUGAAGGAAAGAAGCAACAGUACGGCGGGCGCACGGAGGCGUAAAGCAGUCAAGCACGCCGGGAACGAACGGCGCGGCGGCGAGCAGAGAUCGGGGUGAGCAUUUGUUGGAGGCGAUGCUUUUAGCAUUUCGUCCUGAUUUCACCGCCACAUAUUCCCAGAGGUUAUUCAGCUUUUCCAAACACACGUGAUUGACUCUAUUGUUCUGAUCGAAAGUGGUGUCAUGAUGGUUGACAGGAUGUAGAUUCUUAUCUUGCAUAUCCAUUAUUCAAGGUUAUACAUUAUUUGAACCACCCAUUGUGAGAAUGGCCUGGCUGCAAGACCAAUUCGAAAUGCAUAAGCUCCACUGGUACAGUAGAUCACCUACUCCAUCAGAGUUCUGGAUAUCAGCUGCUGCUUGCUUCACUGUUGGUUUAGUCGGUCUUUGGACAUUUUUGUAUUUCUUUUCAGUGUGGUGGCGAAAAAUCAGUUUAAGCUGGAUGAAAAUGAUUGCCAGAUCAAAGAGGAGAAAUUUUGAAAAAAACCACAAGGUUCCCACUGCUGAACAUGUUUGGAAUACAGAAUCUUUGUUUCGUGCAAAAGGGCUAAAGUGCUGUGUAUGCUCGGAAUCUAUUUCACCUGCUCAGCCCCUUAGGCAAAUGAUGACGUCAGAAAAUAUGGUUCACCAUUGCAAUGUGUGUGGUGCAGCUGCACACAUAAUCUGCUCGUCGAAUUCUCAGAAAGACUGCAAAUGUGUAUCAAUGUUUGGGUCCAAACAUGUGAUCCAUCAAUGGACUGUACUCUGGACAGAUAUAACCGAUCAGUCUGAAGAAGGUCAGUAUUGUUGUUACUGUGAGGAGCCAUGCAGUGAAUCUCUCCAUGGUGGUCCUCCCAUAUACUGCUGCAUGUGGUGCCAACGAUUGGUGCAUGUUGAUUGCCAGCCAGCCAUGGCUACUGAAACAGGUGAUAUUUGUGACCUUGGUCCAUUCAAACGCCAUAUUCUUUCACCACUUUUUGUCAGGACCAUGAGCAAACCUGGUGGUAUCAUAAGUUCUAUAACUCAUGGAGCAAAUGAGUUUGCAUCAACUGUGCGGGGACAUCUUAGGAACCGAAAUAAAAGGCAGAAGCAUCACAACAGAUUUCCUUCUGUCUCUGCCCUUGGCGACAGUACCGAUGAUUCAUCAAGUGACAGCACAUUGAACUCUAACCAGAGUGCUAAGGACUUAAAAGCAACUGGGGAUAGUGCUCAGAGGAGUGCUGAGAAUGAACAUGAUAGCAGUGGGAGUGAUUGUAGAGAAGUCGCAUCAGAGCCCAGAAAACUCAGUAAUGAUGAGGCUGGUGGAGCUAAACUUAAAUACACAUCAUCUGACUUGCCUGCUGAGGCCAGACCUCUUCUAGUUUUUAUCAACAAGAGAAGUGGGGCUCAGCACGGAGAUUCGCUCAAGCACAGGCUACAUUUCCUUUUGAAUCCAGUGCAGGUAUUCGAAUUGAGUUCAUCACAAGGGCCAGAAACAGGAUUAUUUUUGUUCAGAAAGGUACCACAUUUCAGAAUACUUGUGUGUGGCGGCGAUGGUACUGUUGGUUGGGUUCUUGAUGCGAUAGAUAGGCAAAAUUAUGAAUCACCUCCGCCUGUUGCAAUUCUUCCAGCUGGCACGGGCAAUGAUCUUUCAAGAGUUUUAUCAUGGGGAGGUAGCCUAGGUGCUGUUGAGAAGCAAGGUGGUCUCUGUACAGUUCUGCAUGACAUAGAGCAUGCAGCAGUCACCAUCCUGGAUAGAUGGAAGGUGACAGUAGAAGAUAAUAAAUCAAAGAAUGUGCUUCUAGUGAAGUACAUGGACAACUAUCUAGGUAUUGGUUGUGAUGCAAAGGUUGCACUUGACAUUCAUAAUCUCCGUGAGGAAAAUCCUGAAAAGUUCUACAGUCAGUUCUUAAAUAAGGUGCUAUAUGCGAGGGAAGGUGCCAAGAGUAUCAUCGAUAGGACAUUUGUGGACUUACCAUGGCAGGUGCGACUAGAAGUUGAUGGCACUGAGAUUGAGAUACCAGAGGACUCAGAAGGUGUCCUUGUUGCUAACAUUCCAAGCUAUAUGGGAGGGGUUGACUUGUGGAAAAAUGAGGAUGAGAAUCCUGAAAACUUUGACCCACAGUCAAUCCAUGACAAGAUGCUCGAAGUGGUUAGUGUUACCGGAACUUGGCAUCUGGGAACACUUCAGGUUGGACUUUCUCGGGCACAGAGGAUUGCCCAAGGUCAGUCGAUCAAGAUACAAAUGUUUGCUCCUUUCCCAGUUCAAGUGGAUGGCGAACCUUGGGUCCAGCAGCCCUGCACGCUUAAAAUAUCUCAUCAUGGACAGGCUUUCUUGUUGAGAAGGACGAUUGAAGAGUCUCUUGGUCGUGCUGCUGCGAUUGUCACUGAUGUGCUUGAGCAUGCCGAGUCCAGUCAUGUAAUCACUGCUUCCCAGAAGAGAGCCCUCCUCCAAGAAGUGGCUCUAAGGCUGUCGUGAAUCACCGCUUAUUUGCAUGUCACAAAGCAUUGCUUCCUGCGCUGUGCUCCGCCUUGCCCUAUAAAGAGGUUUCUGUUGGAAGAGAUGAUUAUACAGAGAACCUGUGAUCCCAACAGAAGUUCCUAUCUCUCGCAGCAGUAAGUAUCCAGAUGGAGCCCGGGAGACAUGUCUACAUGCACGGCGAGUUUUGUUAUGCUUACCCUGUGGAAAUACCUAUUAGUAUUGUGUACAAAUAUGUGUUUGCGCGUUACAGAGCUACAGUAAGCUCCUUGCCACGUUUUGUGCAAAUGGUAAUCCGUCUAGCCAUUUUGUGUUCGGUUGGCUGGAUUGAAUUUGAGAAAUUUUAUGGUGGUUAAAAUUAAUAUGAGCCAUCUAAUUUUAGAGUUAAAUGGUUCAAAUUAAUCAAGAUA